GUCAGAUUACAAACUUGUCUGCAAACUGUGCAAUGAAUAGACAAUAAAUAGUUGAUCCAGUAAAAGGCUUCAUUUAUUAGUUGCAAAACAUAUUUGUCAUCCUCUGCCCUAAAGUUUAUAUUAAUUGUUUAUGAUAAUAUCAAUAUGGCAGACCCACAAAAGUUCACUACUGCUGCUGCUCUGGGUCUGGAAUUGGAGCUGGAAUCUGAUCUACAAUCUCUUUCAACUAAAGUUGGGGUUCUCAUGAGCACCAAUGUUGAAAUUGCUCAGGGCAUUCUGGGUGUGUUGUCUGCAAGAGAAGUGACCCGCCUCCAACAAGUGUGCCGCUUAUGGCGUUCUGUUGGCAUCAACGAACUUCGGCGGCGAAAAAACUUGCAUUUCAUAUCCAUACCUUCUCCACCUUGCAAGCCUGGGACAGAUUGCAUCAAAAUGGAGAAUCGGCUUAGGUCAAGGGCGAUCAUGAGUCAAUGGCGAUCAGUACCCAGCUUCUGUCUGGUGCUGAAUUGCGUGUGCAAACUUGAUGCUGAAAAAAUGCUGGCACAUUGUAAACUUCUGCCGCCAAUAUGCCCUAUUAUAGAACUGCCAUGUCUACGGGGCAUCAUUUCUACAGAUGUAGUGGACCAAAGUGUAGAACAAAACCUGUCACUUUGUGGAUCUCUCGAGUGCCCAAACUUAAUACUUCCAUCAGACACUGAGCUACUCCAUGAAACGGCUAACACUGAUGCUUGUAAUAUUAAUAGCAGUCUAGUUGCCAACCGUGAAGCUGAAACUCCGCAUGAAAUGAAGCGUCCUCUUGCAAAAGUUCGAAGAUUUGCAGCAAGAAUUAAUCAAUGCUUGAACCAAGCAUCUGCUGCCUUGACAGACUCCUUUGCGCCACUGUCUUCAAAAUGGUUCGAUUUGGAUACAAGUUUGUUGCCAUCCUUACAGCAAGCUCAGCACAAGAAGGCAGGAUCAAGUUGUACUCUCUGCAGAAACAUGAAAACUCUGAAAGCCCAAUUAGCCAUAAUUGGUUUCCAAAACGCGCCUGGUGUCACUUUUCGUCCUGUGAAAAUCCCCAAAAGGGACUUUCACUUAACGCGGCCCGGACGCCUGCUAUUUGAAGAUCUCAGAGCCUUGCUGUUCUUCAACACAACCUCUUCUUUGCCUGAAGGGCAUUUCGUGUGGGAGCUAAUCCGAAAUAACGGCAACGUGGCUGUAGUGGGAGGCGAUGAUGUAUAUCCUUACUCAAGAUCGGGGCUGACGAGAGGCAGUACUGACAAAAGCAUCGGCAUGGCGGUAUGUGGUGAUAACGUGACCGCCGCAAGCGUGAUCAUCACCACGGACGAAAAGAAGUUAGAGAACACGACUCGUGAUGCCAUGUCUAAGUUUCUGAUGUUCUAUGAUCCAUGCAAAGCCAGCAUCGCCUUCGUCUUCACACCCGCUGGACGAAAUCUAGAUGAAAAACGCUAUGAGGAUGAGAUAAAGAUGUUCAAGACGAUAUACCCCACAACGCCUGUGUUCGGAGCCAUAACAAGCGACUCGAUUUGGUGCUUCGAGUUUCUGCCUCAUCCUCCUGGUAGCGUCGAAUGGCAACGACAACAUGAGGAGAACAAGUGCGGUGUGCACUGGUUCAGAGAUGUGUCAUACUACACGGGCGAGCCCAGUCCGAGCGCAAUUUUAUUUCUGCAAUUUUAGGAGGCAACAGCAUUUUUUGUCGGUGAUUCCAAAAAUGCUGCGACACGAUGCACGGAAAAAUACCAACGAGGCACCGCAUCCGACAAUCGAAAUAUCCUGUAGAAGUUUGAUGCUACUGGCUUCAUUUGAGUCUGUAAAUACCAUAACCAUGUAUUGAACCCAUGAAGCAGAAAAUGCAGCAAUGAAAACAUAUGAGUAUCUGUCAACAGCGGGAAACUUUGCAUUUGUUCCACCUUCCUGUCGGAGACCAUAUUUGCUCAAGAAAUUCAUUGUUACAGCCAAGCCGCCUGAGCUUAUGAACAGGAAACUGACGCUUAAAAAGGUGCAAACGUCUGCGAAUUUCAGGAUUUGACCUCCCACCGUGGAAUCAAGUUCGUUUUGAGGCUCACACCACAAACCGAAACAAGUCGCAGCGUGAACGAAAAUUCCGUACAACGUCCACGGGAUGCUUGGCUUCACUUGCUUUUUAUAACAGUCGAAGCGAAGCAAGCCUAAAACUUUCAUCAAAUAUUCUAUUGCCUUGAGCGAGCGCAUUUUCUUCAGUUGUUCUCUUGGGGGCGCCACAGUGACACUGGAUAAAUGAGGUCUUUUAUUGUUGACGCGCACACAGCGAAAGAGCCUCGGUUCACCUGUUGAUUAUUUGCAUUAGUGAUUGAAGUUCGCAUUGUUUGAUCCAUGAAGAUGGGAUAAUAAAAUCGAAUUUCUCAAAUACAGGCUAGCCAAAGCCAACAAAUAUAAAUUUAAUUGCAUCAAAGCACUGAUGACAUGUCAUAUUUCAUCGCGUUCGUUGAGAUGACCUGCAAAAAUGUAUUGCCGUUCGUUGAGAUGACCUGCAAUAAUGUACUGCCGUUCGUUGAGAUGACCUGCAAUAAUGUGUACCAAUAAUGCAAAUAAUUAGAAGCUGAUGAGCAAUCAGAGAUCAAACGCUCAGGCUCCACCGCAAGCGAGGACCCGUAACUGUUUUAACGGUGAAAUUACGCCGUAAAUUGCAAAGCCAAACAGACUACCACUUUGAGGAAAUUGGCAAAUAGUAUUUUGAUGGCAAGAUUGUGCAUUAUUAUGGAUGAUAAUUAUUGGUUGGAGUUAUUUUAACAUAUAAGAUCGCCAAUUAAUAACAUUAUGAAAAAUUUCAAAGUUAUUGCAAGGAAAUGCAGAAUAUUUUGGAAGUGAUCUAAACGAAAAUUUCUGUGCAGUCUCGUUUACACGACAUUUAGGAUUGUAAUUGUAUAGUUGUAAAAGUGGCGAUUUGAAAUUUCACACUUUGUUGAUUUUGUUAUAACAACUUUACAGUCGCAAAACUCAAAAUAAUGAACUGGUCCUAAUGUGAAAAUGUUCACACUUUUUACACGAACAAAGUUAGUAUUAUAAUAUAAUAUAUAUAAUAGUUACACAAGCAGAGAGCAGAAGUAGAUCUGAUAAGCACUUUCCCUUAACUGGGUCACGAUGACCCAAACAUGGAUGGAUAGUGCAUCGUUAUUUCGACAAGAUCUCACUCAUUUCUCUGAAUGUACCUUUCUGGUAGGACCUUCAGUUAACUUCAUGGUUAUCUUCUUGAAGCUCGAACUUUAGUUCAGAUACGAGUAAUAUAAUAACUUUGUUUCCAUUGUGCUAGAUUGGAUUGUAUA